GGCCGCGCACACGGAGGUCCCGGGGCGGCGGCACCCGCGUCCCUCGCGUCCCUCGCGUCCGCCCGGUCCGACGCAGCCGCCCACCGUGGCGAGAGGGCAGCACGGACGCCUCGCCACCCGCCGGUGGCGCCGGAAGCGGGCCAUACGCUUCCGGGCGAAGAGGAGCGACGGGGAGUGCCAGGCGCCGCCUCGGGGGCUGCCGGGAGCUGUAGUUCCGUCGGGCGCGCGGGGGGGUGUCGGUGUGGGCGCGCCCUCCCCGCCCGGGCCCGCGCUCGGCCGCGCCGCCCAAUCCCCAGCGCGCGACGGUGCCCUCAGGGCGGCGGUGGCGGCGGGACGAGCGAGAGCUGCGGGACCGCGGCGGUGGGAGCUGCUGUGCGGCCGCUCCGCUCGGGGCCGGCGCGGCGGACGGCUGGACGGACGGCGGCGGCUCUGUUCUUAAGACAUUUUAGCCAUGACUAAGAGAGAAGCAGAGGAGCUGAUAGAAAUCGAAAUUGAUGGAACUGAGAAGCAGGAAUGCACUGAAGAAAGCAUUGUUGAGCAAACCUACACCACAGCAGAAUUUGUGAGUCAAGCUAUUGACAUCAAUGAACCAAUUGGAAAUCUUAAGAAGUUGUUGGAACCCAGACUGCAGUGUUCCUUGGAUGCACAUGAAAUCUGUCUACAAGAUAUUCAGCUGGACCCAGACCGAAGCCUUUUUGAUCAAGGAGUGAAAACAGAUGGAACAGUGCAACUCAGUGUGCAAGUAAUAUCUAGACAAGGGAUAGAGCCCAAGUUAAACAUCCUUGAAAUUGUGAAGCCUGUGGAAACUGUGGAAGUAGUGAUUGAUCCAGAUGCUCAUCAUGCAGAGGCUGAAGCACAUCUUGUUGAGGAAGCUCAAGUGAUAACUUUGGAUGGAACAAAACAUAUUACAACAAUUUCAGAUGAAACAUCUGAGCAAGUGACACGAUGGGCUGCAGCAUUGGAAGGCUACCGAAAGGAGCAGGAGCGUCUUGGGAUACCCUACGACCCAGUGCAGUGGUCAACAGACCAGGUGCUCCACUGGGUGGUGUGGGUGAUGAAGGAGUUCAGCAUGACUGACAUAGACCUCAAUGGUCUCAGCAUGCCUGGGCGGGAGCUCUGCAGCCUCAGUCAAGAAGACUUUUUCCAGCGCGUCCCACGGGGAGAGAUCCUCUGGAGCCAUUUGGAGCUGCUUCGAAAGUAUGUGUUGGCUAGCCAAGAACACUCUGGAGAAAUAGCAACUGUGACUAUUGAUCAGCCUGUGCAGAUUAUUCCAGCAUCUGUACAGCCUGCCACCCCAACCACCAUUAAAGUAAUAAACAGCAGUGCAAAAGCAGCUAAAGUACAGAGAGCUCCAAGGAUCUCUGGGGAAGACAGAAGCUCCCCCGGGAACAGAACAGGAAACAAUGGCCAGAUCCAGUUGUGGCAGUUUUUAUUAGAACUUCUCACUGACAAAGAUGCUCGGGACUGUAUUUCUUGGGUCGGUGAUGAAGGAGAGUUUAAAUUGAAUCAACCCGAACUGGUUGCACAAAAAUGGGGACAGCGCAAAAACAAACCCACAAUGAACUAUGAGAAACUCAGUCGGGCUUUGAGGUAUUACUAUGAUGGAGACAUGAUCUGCAAAGUGCAAGGCAAGAGGUUUGUGUACAAAUUUGUCUGCGACUUGAAAACUCUCAUUGGAUACAGCGCAGCAGAGUUGAAUCGUUUGGUCACAGAAUGUGAGCAGAAAAAACUAGCCAAGAUGCAGCUCCAUGGCAUCGCACAGCCAGUUACAGCAGUGGCACUAGCCACAGCAUCCCUGCAAACAGAGAAAGAUAAUUAAGCACUAGGACUUGAAGGUGGGAGUCUGAGGCCUUUCCUACAUAACCAGAGCAGUUGCUGCUCUUAACCUUUAUCAGAAUUGGAAACUUCUGUUAUUUCUUGACAGUACAAUAUAGUGCAUGAUUUUCUACAAAGAACUGGGACUCGCUUAAAUUUGGAUCUUUUAAGAGCAUAUAUUUCCAUAUAUGUUAAGGGAUCACCUAAACUUCUGCAACUUGGAGUCAGGGCCUCUGUGGUAUGCAAUCUGAGGUUAGUGAGAGAGGCUGAACCGGUCAGCACUCUGUGUCCACAGCUGUACAAAGUCAUUUUUGCAGCGCUUUUAGGAAUGCAGGCAGGCCAAUCAGUUGUCUGAACUCAGCCCUCUCCCAUCUUUUGUUCUCUGCUGAACUACCAAAUGGCAUUUGAUACUUUCAAAGUUAAACGUGUUUGUUAUUCUCAUUUAAUCAAGCAGAGCCACCAGGCACAUUAAAUGUUACAGAGCAUCAGGUUCUUGAAACAGCUUCUGUGUUUAUAAGCAAAGGAAACUAAGACUAGACCGAACUGAAGAUCGGUGCCGACGAAGGAGAUCCAGGUUUAGAGCUGACUUAGACGAAAAGCCAAUUAUGGGUAUUUCAUUGUUACAUGUAGAUGAUAUGCAUAUAUGAGGGCAAGUACUUACCUGUUUUAAAAGGCAUUGUUAACGCUAGCCAUUUAGCAAAAAGCAAAUAUAAAUUUCUUCCCCCACUACCACAAGAGCAGUUUGGUUUUUGGGGGGAGUGGGUUAAUGCUCUGCUCUGCAAGGGGCUUAUAUCUGUGUGGUAGACAACCUUAGUAACUGAAGACUUUAAGUUAUUCACAGUCAGUAGUCCCCAUUUAAAAACAAAAUGCAAGCUCAAAACAGUUCCACAGAAGUUUGGAUUUCCAAAUUAUUGUACAGUCUAACAUAUAUUAAAAUACAAAGAUGUGGAGUUUUUGUUUAAAAUUAUUUUCCUUAUGAACUUCAAGCAUUGUUCUGAAGUGAAGCUUCAUAAGCCACAUGUGUGCUCCAGAGCUGGGUGUAAAUUGAAGUCUGGUUGAUGAAUUGGAACGUAUCCUGAAUUCUGGGCAAUGGAGAAUUACUUCAUGCGAACUUACACAUGCAGUAAGAAGUAGGCUGCAACUUUUGAGCUUCUGUUACUGAUGCCUAUUAGACUGUUUCUUUUGAUGGCUGCAAAUUGGUGCAGUUUUGGUUUUGCGUUUGCCUCUUCGUAUUAUUAAGGAGUAUAUUACAUCACUGUGCAUGUUUUCCAACUUUUUAUAGGUGAAAUCUCCCCUGGUAACCUUGAACAAUUAAAACAGACAAGGGGAAAGCCUUUAAUGCUGUGAGGGACUGAGCUACUCUUAAACCUUAAAUCAAAAGUGCUUGUACAGUGAGCUUCUAAACAUAAAAUGCAUUGAUGCCAAGUAACAAGAGCACUGAACUGUUGCCCUCCUUCCAAAGAGGAACAGUCAGACUGGCAAGCAGUGGGCAGAGAACACAGAAGACGCAUGUUUGUGUUAAAGAUGCAUCAAGGACAGAGCUUUUUUUUUUAUAGGUGGAUAUUCACCUGCAGAUAUUUUUUGCUUAACUAGAAAUGUUGCCUGUAGUUCUAGCCUACUUUUUUCAUCAUCACCACCACCGCAGCCAUAAUUUUUUUUUUCUUGCCAGAAUCCUUCAGUAAUUUAAUGUUGUUUUUUCAUUCUUGAGCUGUUAAAGCACUUCAUCUACUGAGCGUGCUGGUUUCAUUCUGGUUUUAAGAAAAUCUUAAGCCUUUAGCAAAAUGUGUAAGUGCAUCUGUGAUGAGCGGUCAACCAUCACCCCACUUAUUGCUGUUGCAGUAGGCUGGUUCCACCAGUUGGCUGGUGUUUGAAGUGGCUUAAGCAAAUGGGUGCAGGUUUGUUGAGAAUAGGAUGAAGCUGAUGGUUUGGUGGCAGCAGCUCUGUCUGUAACAGUGCUCAGUUACAGAACAGCAGUCCAAUACAAGUCACUAGUUUUAUUUAGCAGAGGUCGUGAGAGGCCUCUUUAGUUCAAAUAUAAAAGGGGAGAAGCUUAAAGGAAAAGCUUUCUAGAUCAAACUGAACUAUGGGAGGAUAAACCAGCAGCAAAUUGAAAUGCAGUGUCAAUACUUGGUGCCCUGGAAUGUCCUUGUUUGGGGAUAAGCCCUCUAGGGGAAGCUUCUGAAAUCACACUUUCUUUGUAAAUACAUCCAAUGGUUAUUUGCAGCUUUUUAGUGGGUGUGAUAGGCCUUUGGGUUCUUUGUUGUGGGAUCAUUUGCUUUUCCACCGUGUUCUCAUCGUUAAAGAAGGAAUCUUUCAAACCGUGUAAAAUCAGUCACAGUCUCUGUACUCGAGGAAGAAAUCUGUGACUAACUUGAUGUCUUCAAUAAAAGGAAAGUUGUAGAAUAUAUUGUCAGAGGUUGUUGUGUUGCUGCCAGAAGAUAAACACAGAAAAAAUAUUCCCAGGUUUUUUUUGUAAAACGGAAGGGGUUUUGCAUACUUUUUACUCUUUAAAUAAAGACACUUAUACUCUGCUAAUAAAAGUA